GGUCGCAAUGGUUACGUACGUGGUGACGUCGAGUGUUUGGGUUAAAAUCACACACAGCUGACGAAUGGAAGGAAGGCUGGGUUUUAAACAUAGCAACCUUCUUAAAAUAUGUUCCGAAAUGUGAAGUUGUGGCAUGGAGCUCUAGAGAGUCCGAAAGGUUAAUAUUCGCACGAAGCCUCCUAACCGACCAGGAAUCAUCUUUGAGAUUGGAGCCAGGGUUGAAGCUCAAGAUUACCUUCAGAAAUGGAGAGACUGAGUGAGAUGAGUGCAUCUUGCCCUGUUGAGAAUCCUGCAUGUACAGAGAGCACAGAGGACCAAACAGAGUUACUGCAGUCAAGACAAGAUUUGAGCUCAGGCGAGGAGGUGUUGGCCCGGUGGACGGACUGUCGUUACUACCCAGCUAAGAUACAGUCCGUCCACAAAGAAGGUACCUACACCGUGCAGUUUUAUGAUGGAGUUGUUCGGUGCAUGAAAAGAAUGCAUAUCAAGUCUAUGCCCGAAGACGUAAAGGGGCAGAAGCAGGAUUGGAUUGCCCUGGUGCGAGCCGCCACUUCCGCCGCCAAGAGAAAGCAGUGCCCCGGGGCUGAGGGAAACAAGGAUAAGAGGGACGGGAGGUCGGGCGACGAAGCCGAAACGCCCCCGUCCGACGAGGCCUCAGGCAACGAAGAGACGGACUCUGCCGGGAAAUCAGCCACGCUGAGGUCUGUCGGCGAAGGAGAAGUGAAGUCGUCCUCAGAUGUGCCCGAUGAAACAAAAGCAAAAAGGGAGAGAGCGAAACUUGGGAGCUCACUCACGCCAAGGAGGGCCCUCCUCACCAAGCUUAGAGUCUCCGUAGCAAAGAAAGAAGAUGAGUCUGUGUUCAAAGAAGAGAAGGGUAAUGCUCCAGGGACCCAUGAAGAGGGGGCUUGCGUGGUCACGGAGGGGCACAGGAAGGCAGGCGUGCCGCAGCGCUCCCCUGCCGCGGCCAGGACGGGCGCGGGCGGCCAGCCUGAGCAGGGCGGGGCACAGGGCGUCGGCGGUCGCCGUCAGCCCGCGGCCACGCCCGCUACAGAGGCGGCGCGGCCGCCCCCCGGGCACACGGCUCCCCCCACCGCCGGGCCUGACUCUGCCCUGCCCUUUGUGGAAAAGCCAGAGCCACCCAUGAGCCCCAGAGUGCAUGUGUCCACUGCAUUCCCUCCCCCUCCACCUCAGCCUCCUAUCACAGGGAGAGCAAAGCAGACUGAGUGGGCUUUGUCCAGUCAGGCGCCAGUUGGUGGGAAAGUGACUCCGCCCACAGCAGCAGAUCUGAAAGGUGCUGCUAGAACUCCAAAGCUGAACAAGCAUUCCAGAGAGCCCAUAAUGAACACCAUUAAAUUGGAGGACCCUACCUCUCCCCAUGACCUGGACCACAACAAGUUCAAGUGUCAGGUUUUGGGCUGCUCGAAGGCCUUCCGCAAAGCCAAGCUGCUGGACUACCACCUCAAGUACUACCACAACGCUGACAAGGAGGCGGAGCCAGAGGCGGGGUCUCCCAGCAGGGCGGCCCGCACCAGGACUACCUCCGCCUCCACACCCUGCGCCACUCAACUCGAGGCUCCCGGCAACAAGAGGCGAAGAUGUGCCUCCACCUCUGCCUCUGUGUCCCCUCCAGAGCACCUCUUACCGCCGGACUGUGGCGGGGUUCGUCUCAAACCCCCAAAAUUCGGUAAGAUGAAGCGGUCUUCGGCCUCGAUGAGCUUGGAGGGAACAGAGGAUUCGCUUCUGCCACCGCUGCCACCGCGGAACAAGUCCUUUGAGAGUCUCCAUGACAAGAUCCUGAAGAAGGUCAUCGAUAAGGACCACCUCCCCGACUCAGGUCUGAUUCGACUAGAGAAGAAAGUGAAACUUGAGGAGAAAUGCCAGACGGCAGAGCCAAUCGAUGCCUUUUUGGUUUCAGCCUAUUUUACAGGAAAAAAGAAAGAGAAGGAUCGGGAAAGGAAGGAGAAGAAAGAGCGGGACCCCUUCAAAAUGAAACCGAAGAAAAAGAAGAAGAAGAAAAAGAAAUGCAAACAGCACAGUUACGCAGGCUUGCAGGACGGCCCCCUGUCUUUCCUGGAGCGAGGCUCCUCCCCCCUGAGCCGCGCAUCCAGCGGCACCUUCACCAUCCGCAGCGGGGGCGCCCCCUGCAGGCGCACGCCCUUCCAGUACCCCCGCGCCAUCCUGUCAGUGGACCUGACGGGCGAGAACCUCUCUGACGCGGAGUUCCUGGAGGACUCGUCCACGGAGAGCCUGCUGCUGAGCGGAGACGAGUACGGCCAGGACCUGGACUCCCUCACCAUGGAGGACUUCCAGGAGGAGGCCGACGCCGCGGAGAUCGUACGCUGCAUCUGCCAGACCCAGGAGGAGAACGGCUUCAUGAUCCAGUGCGAGGAGUGCAUGUGCUGGCAGCACAGCGCCUGCAUGGGGCUGCCCGAGGACCGGCUGCCUGAGCAGUACAGCUGCUACAUCUGCAGGGACCCGCCCGGGCAGCGGUGGAGCGCCAAGUAUCGCCACGACAAGGACUGGCUGAACCGGGGCCACCUGUACGGCCUGUCCUUCCUGCCGGAGAACUACUCGCACCAGAACGCCAAGAAGAUCGUCUCGGCCCACCAGCUGCUCGCCGACGUCUUCAGCGUCAAAGAGGUGCUCCACGGGCUGCAGCUCAAGAUGGGCGUGCUGCAGAACAAGCACAACCCCAACCUGCACCUGUGGGCGCAGUCGUGGGUGAACCUGGACGAGGACCAGCCGAUGGGCGGGCGCCCCGCCCGCGUCUUCUGGCAGGAGCGCCUGGCCGACGAGCCGGGCCACCACGCCAACCCGGACGCCUACAUCGCCAGCGAGCACAGCUACCAGAAGCCCACCGGCCUGGGCCCGCCCCCCUGGCCCGCCCCCCACCCGCUGGGCAUGGAGGGGGAGGAGGUGCCUGACACGGAGGCCGACGCCCCUACGACCCGCACGGAGAGGACUGCGGUGGGCGUGCCCGGGUGUGCGGUGGCGGGGGCGAACCCCUCGGACUCGUCCGAGCAGGCGAGGAACCGCCUCCAGUGGAAGACCAACCUGCUGGCCCACAUCGAGGACGUGCAGAACCAGGUGGCGCUGAGGAUGGACCUGAUCGAGAGGGAGCUCGAUGUGCUGGAGAGCUGGCUGGAUUUCACAGGAGAGCUGGAGCCUCCUGACCCCUUGGCCCGGCUGCCCCAGCUGAAGCUCAGGAUUAAGCGGCUCCUGACGGACCUGGCCAAGGUGCAGCAGAUGAGCACGCUCUGUUCCGUCUGAGCCGCCGCUCGCUAGGCUCCGCCCCCCCCCCCCCGGCAGCGGGAGCCACGCCCUGUUGCGCUCGGGCACCCCGCCCUGAGGCUCGCUCCCGGCAGCGCGGGGAGCUUACGGCACAUGCCUCACACUCCGGUGUGCUGGAGACACGCCCGCUGACGCUGCAUGGGACUUCAAUACAGGGGGCCCCUUAGGGGCAUGAGCGACGGGCACAGGAAGCUCCUGAAACACAGAGUACUGUGCGGUACCAUACAUGGAAAAGUAUAGACUAUUUACAGAAUCGUACUGAUUCUGGUGGAAGGCCUCUGACUGUCUCAUUCUAGGAGGUCACUAUAGCGUACUCUAACUCUAACGUGUUCCUCUCACUCGAAAGGACACCACGUGUGUCCAUCUGUAUGACGGCUAAAUAAUUGUACUGAGGUCGCGUAUUGCAUGCUCCGUAGAGCACUGAUGGAGGAGAUGUGUUAUCGCUACUGUAGUGCAGCAGGAGAAUAUUGAGGUAAGAUUAACUGCUACGAACGCUAAUGUGUUUUUGUGAGUGUAAGUCACUCAAGUGUGCUUCAAGCUUAGAGGAUUUUGUUGUUCACAGUUCAUUUUCAGUUUGUUGCCUCUUGAGGUCAGUAUUUCCCAGGGAUUUUGUGCAUUUGUUUCUUCAAAAUGACCAAAAAAAAAAAAACUAUUUAAAUUGUCUUUUUUUAAUGAUUACCCUUUUUUUUUUUCCUUUUUUAUUUGGGAAUCAGAAUUUUUUAUGGAUUUUCAAAGAAACAAAAUAAUAUCAUUAGCCUUCACGCAAUGAUUGUUUUUUCACAUUUUGUGCCAAGCGACGAAAAACAUCCAAUUUUAAUGAAGUUUGUGUGCACAAAACCGGCACAGCAACACGAGGAGAGGGUUUAUCACCCAGUGUACACCUCUUAAAGGAACGUUCGUUUGUUCAGCAAGGUCUGGAGGCUUCUAGAAUGUUUUCUUUCAGUGUUGCCAGAUGCUUGUGAUUUGCUCCCCCAACACGUUUAUUGAGAGCUCCCAUCUUCAGUUAACUUAUAUACGAUUUUCUGUUGCAUACGUCCCUUUAACUUACCCUUCAACUUACCCUUUCUGCCACACACACAACCGUACAGAUUUCCCUUGGCCAUUACGUUGUGAACCCUUAGUAGAUUCACAUCCCAGGCCACUGAGCCACUUCUCCACGUUUAGUUUAAAUGGUAAAUGACGCCUGGCCUCCCUCCUGCAAGCUGGGUGUAGAUAUAUGGAGUCAGACACAAGGUAUGUACAGUUUCUGCAGGAGUGACUGUAAGAGUCGUCUAAUGGGAGGCUGUAUUUGAAAAUGCCAUUCCUUGCCACGGAUGCUUAUCCUUUGUUUCAUUUUUGGACUUGAACCCGAAGUUAUCUUCAGUUCACACCUGCCAGCUCUCUAUUACGUUUAUUUAAUUUCAAACAAGGCUGUAAUUUACUAAACGUGAAAUUGUUCAGUAAAAUAAAAUGGAUAUUUAACAGGCA